AGUGGAACGCAUCUCGUCAGCGUGAAUGUAAUAUGGCAGUGGGGUAAACCACAUGUAGUGUACAUUAUUUGUAAGGAGGGCUCUUUACGCAAUUGAAAUCAGAUUUAGCUUCUUUGGGCUCUGAGUGAAGUCUUUCAGUAAGUGACUGGCUGCAAUAAAACUGUAAUUACAUUUUGUAAACAUUUAAGUAAAUGUUGAGGUUAACACUUGAUGUUAUAUUUUGGGUUUUCUUCGGUGCCUAUACAAUUUGGAAAAUAGAUUUAACUAGAGAAAUUAUUGCAUUCAGUGAUAUACCAGUGCCGCCCCCUCGAACAAAAGUUGAAAGAAUUUUUAAACCGUAAAUAUAUCGAGAAACUGCUUGUUUUACCUCCCGCGAUGAUGCACGUAAAUCUGUCUGGAAUAAAUUUUGUUCGCGUGGGUGAGGAAGCGCGUAUCAUGAAUAAAAUAAUAUAAAUGUAUUAAAAAAACGGCGACAUUAAAAAAAAUAAUUCUGAAGAAAUACAAAUAUGUUUGCUGAUAAAUCCAGCAGCAGAACAGCGAUUUGCUUUCCGAUAUUGUGUUCCUUGAGAGAGGUGAACCGCCAGUAGCGCCGCCGCCAGCCGCCACUUUCACGCGCACACGCAUGCUGUAAAAUCGAGUAUGACGGAACAUACGUAAUGAUUGCGUGGAUUGCUUGAGGCAUUCAGAAUCAUCAUCAGUUUGCUGGCAAGCUUCAAAGCGCUUCUGCGUGCAGUGGUGUGGUCGUGGUUGGUUAAUCACUUCGGGUGCACCGCGUUGCGGCAAAUUUGGCGUUAGGCGGGAGUGCCACGUCGAAUUAACCUUGAAUUCAAUAUUGAGUCACAAUGCCUGAAGUAGAAGCAAAACUGGAGAACCUUGCCAUUGGUGAAAUUUAUACCUCAGAGAAAGAAGGAAAUGAUGAUACAGGAGAUGGCACUGAGGCACGACCCUUCAAGACAGUUCUUCAAGCAAUGCGACAUGCAGGAAAAGAACCAUUCCCAACUAUUUAUGUUGAUGGAAAAACGGAAGGACAGAGGUAUGAGCCAGUUGCUAAAUCACAAAUGAAAAAAAUACAUAAAAUAUGGGUUCGAGAAUCACACAAAAAUGUAGAGAAAGCCCGCAAAGAAGAGGAAGAUGCUGAGAAACGGGCUCAUAACUUAGAAGAAGCCAAGAAAGUAAAAAUUGAACCUGACCCAUCAUUACCAGAAGCGAAGUCCAUCCGUAUCCGGGAAGCAUCUUCUCUCGCUGGGAGUCGAAUUAAAGUUUAUGGAUGGGUUCACAGAUUGAGAAGGCAAGGCAAGUUGUUAAUGUUUAUAACUCUACGAGAUGGAACAGGAUAUCUACAAUGUGUCCUUAAUGAUAAACUAUGUCAAACAUAUGAAGCUCUUGUUCUUUCAACUGAGUCUACUGUUCAUUUGUUUGGCACUCUACAACCAGUACCAGAAGGCAAGACGGCUCCAGGUGGUGUAGAACUUCAGGCGGACUAUUGGGAGCUGGUGGGACUGGCUCCUGCUGGUGGUGCAGAUUCCAUCUUAAAUGAAGAGGCACUUCCUGAUGUUCAGCUGGACAACAGGCACAUCAUGAUCCGAGGAGAAAAUACAUCGCGAGUGCUAAAAAUGCGCUCAGUAGUGAUGCAAGCAUUCCGUGAACAUUAUUUCAGCCGAGGAUAUUUUGAAGUCACUCCACCAACAUUAGUGCAAACUCAGGUUGAAGGAGGAGCAACACUCUUCAAAUUAAAUUACUUUGGUGAGGAAGCAUUUCUAACUCAGAGCUCCCAAUUAUAUCUGGAGACCUGUUUGCCAGCCAUGGGGGAUGUGUUCUGCAUUGCUCAGAGCUAUCGUGCUGAACAGAGCCGAACACGGAGACAUCUUGCUGAGUACACUCACAUAGAAGGUGAAUGCCCAUUCAUUACCUUUGAUGAGUUAUUGGACCGGUUGGAAGACUUGAUUUGCGAUGUUGUGGAUAGAGUUUUAAAGUCACCCUUUGGAUACAUUGUCAAGGAACUGAACCCUUCCUUUGUUCCACCAAAGAAACCAUUCCGGAGGAUGAACUACACAGAAGCCAUAGAGUACCUCAAAGAACAUGGUAUUACAAAAGAUGAUGGAACAUUUUAUGAAUUUGGAGAAGAUAUACCAGAGAUGCCAGAGCGACGAAUGACAGAUGAGAUUAAUGAACCCAUCAUGCUUUGUCGAUUCCCUGCUGAGAUAAAAUCUUUUUACAUGCCAAGAUGUCCAGAAGAUCGUCGCCUUACUGAGAGUGUUGAUGUUCUCUUGCCUGGAGUUGGUGAGAUCGUGGGUGGUUCAAUGCGUACAUGGGAUUUAGAAGAGCUCUUACAGGGUUACAAGCGAGAAGGCAUUGAUCCUACUCCUUAUUACUGGUAUACUGAUCAGCGUAAAUACGGCACAUGUCCCCAUGGAGGCUAUGGAUUGGGUCUCGAGCGGUUCCUAUGUUGGCUGUUGAACAGAUACCACAUCCGUGAAGUGUGCCUGUAUCCACGCUUCCUGGAACGCUGCAAGCCUUGAGGAUUCAAUCCACUUAAGAGACUAUCUCUUGUCAGUGCUACCAAUUUAUUUUCUUGAUUAUUAUCUUAUGCCACAAAAUUGCUAGUUUCUCUUAAUGAAUAAAAUUCUAAGACACUUUAGCAGCAUUUCUACAAAUUUUCACAUCACUGCUUUUAAUUUAUGUAUUCUAGUAAAACAGUAUUUAAUAAAAUUACAUUUGCUCAUUUCUAUGAAAUGGAUCAAUGGCAUUUAGAGUGAACUAGUGAUAUAAUGCCUAGUAUCGUUAUUGUUAUAUCAUGUUCUACAAUGAAAUCCAAAUGGAAAAAAUAAAAAGUUCUUUGCCAAUAAUUUCAAGAACGUUUGUUUCAGGUGUAAUGUGUAUUCAGAUGAAGAGUGAUCUUGAUGUAUUUGCUGUAUGUUUUUUUUGUAUUCUGACCAUUAUCACAUUUUCAGUGUCAUCGUCAGUAAGAUAGUUCAUAUUUGAUGACAAGAAUUAAUAAGUCAGCUAGCCUUGAGCUAACCAGGGAUGUAUGACGAGAAGAGUUGAUUGGAUCGAGCAAAGAUUAAAUGAUGUUUCAGUGUCCUCAAUAAUAGGAAUUAAUUCACUGUAGGUUGAUAAUUUAAUUUGAGGCCUAGUAAAUAACUCUAAGAACUGAAUUCAUUGUAUGAACAUAUAAUUUGAUAACAAUGAAGUUACGCUAGUAACUUUUUAUAUUAUUAAUAUCUUGCUGUUGAUUUGAUUUUUUUCCUCUGCAAUGAGAUGUUCUUCAGACUUAGAGAAAAAAAUUAAAUUGUUUAUCUCAACAAGAAAAUUUUCCAGACUCAAAAUGAAUAUGCUUUCCUGCAAAACUUUACCACGAAUAAGAAGCUUUUUUGAACUUAUGCUCUUGUUUACAUCAGGAUUAUUCUCAAUCCUCCUCAGAUGUGCAGAUUUUGCAGGAACAUCCAAUUCAAUUUUUAAAGGAACUGCAAAUAAGUAUUUGAAAUACUUAAAACAUGGGUACUUAAAAAGCAUUUUUCCAACAAACUGUUUCGCCCAGCAGAUAUUUUAGAUGUAUAUUUUUAAUGCUAUCCAGUGCAUCUGACAUCCCCCUUAAAAGAUAAUUGCUUGAAGAUUCCAUUAAAAGUUAAAACAUUUCUUCAAAAACUACUUUUCUGUUAAAAAGUCUCUUUUGUUUGUUUGUUUCAUUAUGUAAUGUGGCACAGGAAAAUAAUUGGAUUGUAUCUGUGUUUCUUUCAAGUCUCUUCUGUACCCAAAAAGCUUGUUAACUAAACUCUACAAUUGUAUAUUAAUGCACACAAAUGUUAAAUAGGGAAAUAACGAAUAUCAAAUGAAUCUGAUAAAAUAUGACAAUGAUAGCUGUACUUACUGUAAAUGGAAUAAACUAAAUAAUCAUGCUGCAAAAUGAAUUGUUUUUAAAGGUAUCAAUGGUUUCUAUGCACUAAUUAAAAUUUGACAAUAUUCCUCUAGGAACCUACUUCAUGCAUCAUAAUUAACAGUGGUUGCUAAACUGUUGAGACCAUUUUAUGUAAAGUUCUUAUUACUGAUUUCAGUAAAUAUACAAUAAAAAAUGGUUGAAUCACAACGUAUGUUCCAUCUGUUCUUUUUGCCGAACUUGUCAGUGACACAAAAUAUCA